AUGGAUACAUACACCUUUGCAACCUCCCGUCAAAUAGACUUCCCAGUCUGUGUCAGAAUCAACACGUUGGAGGGCAAACAGCUUUCCUUCCCGUAUAGUAUCUUACUGAAACACCCGGAAAUACGCCACGUUGGAUCGGUCCAAAAUACGAAUUCAGAGCUGUAUGUUACUGCUCAGCUAUGGGCCGAAUCCAAACCGCUAGGUGUCUCUAUGCAAACGCCCCACACAUUCUUCAAGAACAGCAGAACCUGGAAUAAAUGGCUGGAGUUGCCUGUUCUGGUCAAGGACUGCCCAAGUUCCUCACAGGUUGCUAUCACUGUAUGGGAUAUCUCAGCCUGCCCUGAGAAUGGUAGCAUCGAUCACGCAGUGCCAUUCGGCGGCACCACCAUCCCGUUAUUUGAUGAAGAUGGUACGUUGAGGAAAGGUCGCCAAAAAUGCAAAGUCUAUCGCCGGAAAGCUGCCGAUGGUCAAUCGCCUUCCAGGACGCCACACAUUCCCCCUCCAAAACGUCGGAAGGCAAAUGAACAGCCGCCUCCUCCUAUUCCGGAAGAAGAGGAGCUCGAAAGGCUAGAGCAACUCUUCAAGAAGCAUGAAAUGAACGACAUUCCUCAAAACGACUGGCUAGAUCAGCUGGUCUUUCAGAAUGUUGGGAAGAAAGCCCGUGAUGUUGAACAAGCUGCACGAAAACGAUCAUCUGUCAACAGACCCCCAAAGCGCAAGUCGGCUGAGAUGAUAUCCGCAGGAUUGAAGGAUACCGUGAACGGAUACGGCGACGUUGACGCAGACACCAUUUCUGAUGAGGACAAGGAUGAUGAUGAACGGUUCACUCUUUAUGUCGACUUUCCCCGGUGGGAUUUUCCCGUCAUCUUUGAAGAUUAUGGCUAUGAACCAUCGAAGAUGAUGAAAGAGUUUUCAAGUACUCCUUCGGCUUCAGCAGUGGGGGCAAAACCUCCACCGGAAGUCCGAUAUGGUCCAGGUAUUGCCCCAGGCACGUCGGUCGUUGACGACGAGGAUUACCCUGUGGUCCAAAUAUUCGACCCCGAGCAGUUCCAAAAGGAAAAUCCUUGUGAGAGCAAACACCGUCGGCUAGUUCGAAGCGACAGGAAUGCAUUUUCCGACAGUGAUCAAAAGCCAAAUGCCAAAAUGAGAGACGAACUCAAUGAGAUUCUGUCGUAUGGCCCUACGCAGGAGCUGAGCGCCCAAGACAAGGACGUCAUCUGGACAUUCCGACGACACUUGAGUCGUGAGAAACGAGCUCUGACCAAAGUUGUCAAAGCGACCGAUUUCACCAAUCCAAAUGAAGUUCGUCAACUUGUUGAACUAAUUCCUAGAUGGGCCAAGAUUGAUGUUGAUGCCGCCCUCGAAUUACUGGGGCCGACCUAUGAUAACCCAGUUGUCCGUGCCUACGCCGUUGACCGUCUUCGACAGGCCGGAGAUGCCGAAUUGCAGUUGUACCUUCUCCAACUUGUUCAAGCGCUGAAAUUUGAGAAGUAUGAGAGCACCGAAGAAGGUCUUCCAGCUUCGUCGUUGGCGAAAUUCCUCAUUGACCGUGCUGCAAACAAUUUUAUGCUCGGGAACUACUUGCACUGGUUCCUCAUGGUCGAAUGUGUUGAUCAGAGCACUGACACCAGCGCUGCAAAUCGAGCAGUAUUUGCAAGAGUGGAGUAUUAUUUCAUGGUGGAGUUGGAAAAGCGCGAUCCGAGUUUGCGCAAGACGCUGUUGAGACAAGGCGAAAUGAUCACGAUUCUAUCGAGCAUCAGCAAGGAGAUCCGUUUCAGCAGAGCCAAUCGCCUGCAAAAGAUCGAGUUGCUUAAGAAGACUCUGGCUGAUCCCAAGAACGAGCUCGUCAAAAUCGAGCCGCCAAUCCCGCUGGCGCUCGAUCCCGAAGUCCAAGUAUGUGGAGUCUACCCCGAUGAAGCCAAUGUCUUCAAGUCAUCACUGUCGCCGUUAUACUUGAGCUUGAAAAUUGCAAAUGCCGCUGAGGGCUCGAGUGCAUCAACACCACGAACGCAGACACACGGCAAAUAUCCCAUCAUUUUCAAGACAGGUGAUGAUCUCCGGCAAGACCAGCUCGUCAUCCAAAUCAUUACACUCAUGAACAACCUGCUCCUCAAGGAGAAUCUUGACCUAAAGCUCACUCCGUACCGCAUUCUCGCAACCUCGCCAUCAGCUGGUGCUGUCCAAUUCAUACCAUCCACAGCUCUUUCGGUGAUCUCGGCGAAGUACAAGGGGUCAGUGCUGGCCUAUCUGCGCGCCAACAACCCCGACGCAUCUGGACCUCUUGGCGUCCGUAAGGAGACCAUGGACACAUAUAUACGAUCGUGCGCGGGCUACUGUGUAAUCACGUACAUUUUGGGGGUUGGCGAUCGCCACCUGGACAAUCUCUUGCUUCAACCAUCGGGCCAUUUCUUCCACAUCGAUUUCGGCUUCAUCCUUGGACGAGACCCGAAGCCCUUUGCACCGCUCAUCAAGUUGUGCAAAGAAAUGGUGGAAGGGCUGGGUGGCACCACGUCGCCGCAGUACGCGCAGUUCAAACAAUUCUGCUUCACGGCGUACACGACGCUGCGCAAGUCCAGCUCCUUGGUGCUGAACCUGUUUAGCCUGAUGGUCCAGAGCUCUGUCACAGACAUAAGGCUGAUGGAAGAACAGAUGGGAGGCAUGGGCGGUGCCGUGGGCAAAGUGAGGGAAAGGUUCAAUCUUGAUGUCAGUGAAGAAGAGGCAGUGAGGGCAUUGGACCAGGUGUUGGCAGACAGCGUCAAUGCUGUUUUUGGCGUGGUCAUUGAUAGACUCCAUGAGUUUGUGCAGGGUUGGCGGGCAUGA